CUUUUGUUUAUGUUUAUAAAUUUUUACAAUAAUUUUUUAAUUUCAAAUUCAAUUAUCUCUUUUUUUCAAUUAUCAUACCAUAGAUAUUAUUUUUAAUGUGUAUUUUGCAAAUUAAUAAUAAUUAGUAAUUUGAUUAUAUUAGUAUUAAGUUCUUUUUGUAUCGUUAAUAUGACAAAUUCUUUAAAUUAAUUAAAAAAUCUAAUGGACGAAAUUACAGAAAAAGCUGAAGAGCAAAAUAAUAGCAUUAAAUCUGAGUUAUUCUUUUUGAUAGCCAAGUUCUUAAAAGAAAGUCAAUUCAAAAAUGCCUUUGAAGCUCUGAAAUUGGACUUAAAUGAAACUGAUGUAUUACCUACACGAAUUGAUUUUUUAGGCAAAGAAAACAGACAAACAUUUGAUGAAUUGGAAAGAAAAUAUGAUCAUAUAAAAUCAAAUCACUUACUAGAAAUAUGCCAAAAAAUUAAAGCCUUAAGCAAUUAUGAUAAAUCUCCAGUACCUGUUGUUUUUUCUUUACUUGGAAAAGGAAGUUUCUCACUUGUUCAUUCUCAAAAGAAACGAAAAUAUUUAUCAAUAACUGAUUGUUUUACUCGUCAACAUAAUACUCUACCCUUACCUCCAAUACAUAACCGUGGUCAAAAUAUUGUUAAAAUAUUAUAUGGUAGAGAAUCAUCAGGCCCAGUUAACAAAAGAUACUUGUUGCCCUUAUCAAAGUUUUCUAAUGUAGAAUUUCAUGGACGUGUACUAGGUCAUUUAACUGCUGUNUAUUUAAAUUAG